CGGAGCCCGGGCCGGUACUGUGAACUGAGCGGAGCCGAGGCCGAGCGCGGAGCGGAGCCGGCUGAGCGGGCGCCGAGCUCCCGCCAUGGCCCGGAACACGCUGUCCUCGCGCUUCCGCCGAGUGGACAUCGAUGAGUUUGACGAGAACAAAUUCGUGGACGAGCAGGAGGAGGCGGCGGCGGCGGCGGCGGGCGAGCCGGGCCCGGACCCCAGCGAGGUGGACGGACUCCUGCGGCAAGGGGACAUGCUUCGGGCAUUCCACGCGGCCUUGCGGAACUCUCCAGUCAACACCAAGAAUCAAGCCGUGAAGGAACGAGCCCAGGGCGUGGUGCUGAAAGUGCUCACAAACUUUAAGAGCAGCGAAAUCGAGCAGGCUGUGCAGUCACUGGACAGAAAUGGGGUUGACUUGUUAAUGAAGUACAUUUAUAAAGGGUUCGAGAAGCCCACAGAAAAUAGCAGUGCCGUGUUACUCCAGUGGCACGAAAAGGCCUUAGCAGUAGGAGGCCUGGGCUCCAUUAUAAGAGUUCUUACAGCAAGAAAGACUGUUUAACAAAAAGACUCAUGUUACCUUGAGAAGAAUUUUGGAUGCCCAGGCUGGUGAAGAAGGGAUUGACAAUGAACUUACCUUCCUAGGAACUCCCAACGAAAUAUUUCAGGACACAUAUCUGCGGACAUGUAUUUUAUUUUCAAGGUGGAGGGAGAAGUUGUCUUACUGUUUCCUAAAUCCUUGCAGGAUCUGAGUCUCUGCCUUUGUCUACCAAGUACUGCAGAAGUGCCGUGGACUGGCUGGUGACUGGCCGGCGCCAGUCAGGGGCGCCUGUGUGCACUGCCUGUUUAACGUGGGGAGGGGUGAUUUGGGCAGGUGCAGAUCCAAGGGCUGUGGUGAAAGGGAGCCUGUUUUGUUUUUGUUUGUUUUGUUUUCCUUUCUGAAGUGGAAAAACCCUGAGUUUGUACAGACAUCCUGUCUUCGCAGAGAAGGCUUCUCGGGCUCAUUGUAAAGUGCCUGCUGCAUCAAUAAAGCUCUUGGCUCAUUAGUAUGUACAUUGCGGUGUGUUUCCUGUAUGUAAGCAAGCGGUAACCAAUGGGAUGGUAAUGAAUGAGUUGGACUGUUCUGGGUGGCUGUCCCUGGGGAGUGAGCAGGGCACUCCACAGGCCUCUUGCCUCGUCAGUACUGGAGCUUUGGCCACAGUGCUGCUGGCUGCUGCAAGAGGCAUUUUGCUGAAUAACUAUUUAUUGUUUCUUACUCUUGAUUUGUAUGUAAUUUUGGAGCUUAUUUAAUUUAAUAAAGUGUCAAACAUUUAAUAAGUGA